CGGUGCCCAGGGCGCGUGCGCAGAAGCUUCACCUAGCGGGCAUCGGCCAUGGCUGAGUGGACGCCUGCCCAGGCCUGGGAAUGGGAUGUAGAGCCACAGCACCUGGCCUCCUUCCAGCCUCCAGCCAUCUUUGACCAGCCUGCCGAGAGAGAGCUCUACCCAGCGGCUGAGAUCUCCCUGUGGACGGUGGUGGCUGCCAUCCAGGCUGUGGAGAGAAAGGUGGACUCCUCUGCCACACGGCUGCUAAACCUGGAAGGCAGGACGGCCACUGCUGAGAAAAAGAUCUUUGAGUGUGAGAAAACAGAGCUGGAGUUCAGCAACCACCUGGCUGCCUUGGGGACUCUCCUUCAGGAAUACCGGGUGCUCCAGAGGAGACUGGAGAACAUGGAGAACCUCCUGAAGAACCGUAACUUCUGGAUUUUGAGGCUCCCCCUGGGCCCGAAGGGGGAAAUCCCCAAGGUCCCCGUGACUUUUGAGGAGGAGGCAGCUGUGAACUUUUCCACACAAGAAUGGGCCAAACUGGAGGAUUGGCAGAAGGAGCUUUACAGGAACAUCACAAAAGGAAAUUACGAACCCCUGAUCUCACUUGACUCUGCCAUCUCCAAAGCUGAUGUUCUCCCCCCACAGGUGGGUCUAGUGGAAGCUCCCCAUGUUGUGGAUCAGGAGUUUGUGGGGGAAAAGGGACUCCUCACAGAGCCCAAAAUAGGGGCAGAGCUUUUGGCUUCCAAGGAUGACCUCUUGUCCUGGAUUAAGCAGGAGGAAUCUCCUGGCCAUGGGAAGUGGAAUCUGGAGAGAGAGGUCCCUGCCGCCCUUGGCUAUGAUGAGAGCACCGCGGUCAAGAGCGAGGGGCAGAAGCUCCAGGAGGGCUUCAGGCAGGCCUUGCCCGGGCCCGGGCGGCUGCAGGGCAUCCCCAGCGAGGAGGUCUUCCAGGCCCCGAGGUGCUGCGACAGGCAAAGCUGCCCGCAGGAUCCGCCUGCCCCCCGCCUCCCCCAAAGGCCAGAGGAGCCUCCCCAUGGCAAGAGAAGCUGCCACGAACCCGAGGCCGCCCUGCCAGCUGCCUGCCUGAAGGAAAGCCUGCCGAGAUGCUUCAAGAGUCGGGAGGAGCCCCAGAGGCUCCAUGCCGGAGAGGAGACAUACGGGGAAGCGGCCAGGCCAGCGGCCGAGGCUGGGGCCUCCCUGGUCCCCGAGGCCUACCUGUGCUCGGAAUAUAAAAGCGGCUUCGGCGAUCUGUCGGUCUCCGAAGCAGCCGGGAGGCCCCACGCCUGCUCCCUCUGCCCGAAGAGUUUCCGGCUGAAGACCAGCCUGUUGAUCCACCAAAAAACCCACACAGCGGGGAAGAGCGACAGCGCCUUCGUGUGCUCCGAGUGCGGGUGUGGCUUCAGCCACCAAGGGCAGCUCACUCGGCACCAGGCCGUCCACGCCGACAGGCCCCACCAGUGCUCGGAGUGCCACAAAGCCUUCAACCGCAAGUCCAGCCUGGUGGUCCACCAGAAGACCCACCGCGAGAGACCCCGCCCCUUCCAGUGCCCCCAGUGCAGCAAGACCUUUAUCCGAAAGCAGCACCUGGAUGAUCACACCCGGACCCACACUGGAGAAAAGCCGUACCAGUGUCCCGAGUGCGAGAAGCGCUUUGCCGAAAAGUCCAAGCUGACCAACCACUACCGGAUCCACACCGGGGAGCGGCCGUACCGCUGCGGGCAGUGCGACAAGCGCUUUGUGCGAGCUCACCACCUGGUCAAGCACCAAAGCAGCGUCCACCAGGCUGGGGCCAAGCUGUACUCAUGCCGCGAGUGUGGCCAGAGCUUCAGCCACGCGCAGGCCUUCCUCAGCCACCAGGCUAGCCACGCCAACGGCGAGAGGCGCCACCGCUGCACGGAAUGCCUCAAGACCUUUGCCCGCAGGAAGUACCUGCUGGAACACCAGCGGAUGCACACGGGAGAGAACCCGUACGCCUGUCCGCACUGUGGCAAGCGCUUCCGCUACAAGCAGUCCCUCAAGCAACACCUGCGCAUGCACGGGGAGCAGCAGCCCCCGCCCCCGCCACUGGCAGCUGGGCCCGCUCUGCCGCAGAGGCUGCCAGUCGUCAGCACUCUGGAGAAGGACCCUCUCUUUGAAGCCCGCCCGCCCAGCGGAACGUGAAGCUGGGCCACAAGACGUGGCCUCCUCCACCAAAUGAACAGGUGGGCUAGAAGCAGACCCUUGGGAGGAUUGGCCCCCCAGGUGGGUCGGCUGAGGCCCCCUUUGGCGGUGGCUUCUGUGCUUCUUCUCUCCCCACGGGGAAGCUUGCUUCUUUCUCGCCAGUCCGGACCGUAUGGGGCAGGCUCUGGUCCUGUGGAACAAGCCCAGCUCCCACCUGUCACAGCAAACCCAGUUUUUGACAUACUUCUUUGAUCAAGAAAGCCGUCCAGCGACUCUAACCACCCCACCUUUUAGUCUGAGGUGCUGGGAGUCCUGGCCAGAUGGAAAACGCCUAAAAUGCGAUCAUGUCCGUUUACCGUAUUGGUCCCAGUACCCAGUCCAGCACUGGAGGCAGGACUGCUGGAUAGAAAGGAAGGGUGUGGAGCUGCGUCCCACGGCCCCGGUUUCCUCGGCCUGCAGGAAGACACGGGCCUUGAUGCUCAUCCCGUGGCCUUGCAGGGCUGUGGUCUCCCGGCCUAGCCCUCCACCAUUUGUUAGGUGAUCAGAUGAGAAUUUUAAAGCACUUUGUAUACAGAGAGCGCUGCAAAACUAAUGCAAACUUUUCAGGGCAUGAACAUGCCCCACCUGAGAAAACCAACCUGAGAGAAAGCCAGAAAGCAAGGGGAUUGACCGUCUCCAGCAGUCUGCCUCUCUUCUCCGGAGGGCGACGCAGGGCAGCCGUCCCCAGACAAACCUCCGGAGUCUCCCACGAACAGCUCCGUCUUCUGCCACCACAGGAGCCGCUUCGAGGGGCUGCCCGCUCCUGGGAGAUGCCCUUCCUUCUCUUCCCCUGGUCUUGAUCAAGAUGCGUUGCUGAACUCCGUGUCUUCCACUUUCCUGCCAGAGACAUCCUGUGCCAAAAAGUGGUCCUGCAGAAGGUCUGGCCCUACGUUUGGCCGUGGUUUUCCGUGGUCUGUUGCUGAGACCGGGAGGCCUUAUCCACUCUGCCCUCUGCCUGUUUAGGCAGUUCUGCAGAAUCUCCUCUCUGGGUUGUGCAGCAUCCCCGAGUCCGCUUCUCACCACGAUCCCAUCGUUCUCUCCAGCCCUGGAUGCCCCCUCCCCCCCCGCAGAAGAGGGCUCUGCAGGGGAGUUCAAGGCUGCGGCCGACCCACAGAGUUCUGCAGCCCCCUUCCGCACCAGGCUCUCACGCCUUAAACUCAACUGCACUAUUAUCAAAGCAGCAGACGGCAUUCUGGAGACAGACCGGGAUCGACAGCUUUUGCUACAAAUACCUUUUAGCUUUCUAAAGUGAAAAACAAGGGGGGAGACAUUAAUAAAUGAUUGGUGCCACUCCUCUGGAUCGCUCUCUACGGCACGAGUUUCUGCUUCAAGGGCGAAAGGUGGCCGGCUCCUUUACGAUCUAUUAGCUGCCGCUUUGCGUGGGGACAAGGAACGUAACGAGGCCAACCUAAAGCUGGCUGUGGGUGGCCUUUCCCAACCCGGUGUCCUUCAGGUGUGUGAGAGAGUCCCUCUGCCAACGUGGCCUCUGGUGGGCACCGAGUAGAGGACUGCUGACCUAUAUAGACCAGGGGUCCUUUAGCGAGGAACCAAGAGUAUGGGGUAGAUUUGGCUUAGAGUAAAAUCAGGAUUUUUUCCCAAAACAACCCAGAUCAAAUCAGCAUGUGCAUUUGAGACCUCUGGAGAGUACCAGCAUGUUAUAUAUGCAUUGGCCUGGAGAUGCCAUAAAGGAGAGGGUGUUCUUUCCUCCCUUCCUCCCUAUUCCACAGAAUAUCCGGAAAGUCACCCAACUGUGAAGUCACAAGAUCCAGUUUCCUAGGAAGCUGGCUUUGCUUCAGCCACGCCGUUGGGCAGGAGAAGGAAAAUGAUUUAGUUCCAGGCAGAGAAUGUCUUUGCCUGCUCUUAGCUACCAGGUUCCCACGGUGUGCAGUUAGAACAGAAAAACAGCAGAAAAAUACAAUAGGCAAACUACCUGGCUGGGGUGUGGGGAGGGGGUUGUCAGCCAGAUAGGGUGUAGUACCGCGGCCCCCGCUUCCCCGUCAUAGUUGAAGAGACCCUGGCUGAGCAUGCCCGGGGUCUCUUGAAAUGCUGCCCUUGCUGAGCUUAAGGUGGCCAUCCUCGAACGAUACGUUUCACCCUUAAUACACCAGCUAAAAUGCUUUUAUAUUCUGUAGCCUGAACCAGAGAGAGCCUUUGCGUCGCACACUUGCCAAGCCACUCAGCCUAUCACAUCUCACUUGUUUUAUGUUUGGUGGCUGUUAACUGCCACUAGUGGUAUCUUCUCACUUCAUUUUCCAAUCUGCAACUCCUGUUGCUCAGCAAGUAAAAACACCUCGCUCCCACUCACCAACCUGGCCGCGUCAGUCUAUCUCACAGUAAUAUUCUGCUCGAUCCCAGGCCCCCGUUUUGGCAGAAGCACGCUGGGUUCAAGCUUAACCCAUGACAAUUCAGCACAAGCAUGAAUCCAGUGGGUUCACCAACAGAUCACACCACAGUAUGAAUAGGCAAUUGGGAGAAGCCACGACUGCUGCACUCUACAGAAUCUCUGUAUCCAUCUUUAAAUAUGGACUUAACAACAAUCCCCCUUGCCAUAGGAUCCUGGUAGAAGUUACAGCGCUAUCACAUGUCAUGGCCAUCAACCAGUUAUAUCAUGUGCAUGAUGACAACACGUAAUGUCACAUCACAUAGAUGCCCCCAAGUUCUACCAAACAGAAAUACAGUCCGUUAUUUAGAAGGUCGCUAGGAACUUAGGCAUUUUCUGGGGGAUGGAAUCAACAUAUUCCAUCUCCUUAGACCUAUUCUUAUCUACAUAAUCUAUCCUAGUUCUUCAGUACACAUUUAAGAAUACUUAAGGCAGGAGGACGCAAUCUUUGCCCUUCAGAAGGUAGCAAAGAGUUGGCAGAGUUCUUGUUUCUUCAGUGGCUCAGCUGAGGACUGGGUCUUCAGAAACAGAAGGGAUCCAGUGGUGAUGGUGGUGGUGGCCUCCUCCGCAAUCUCCAGGCACAAAAACGGCCCCAGCAGCCUUGGCAUCGAAGGCCAUUUU